GCCUUUACUUUCACACUGUGGGAACAUAAUGAUGUGAUAGAUUAUUGAUCUGUGCAUGGAAAUUCUCUUUUGAAUACCUAUUCCACAGGGACCUAUGAAAACAGUUAGGGACACUUUAUUGAUCCCGUGCAAAGAAAUGUAACAGCAGUGAAUAGUAGCGCUGAAAUAAUACUAUUACAAAGCAGGAGAUAUAGAGGAUUUUUCUACAAUAUCCAUAGUAAGUAGAGAUGUAACGAUAUUUGGGACUGUGACGGUUUGAUUAUUUUGCUAGUAUAAUCACGUUCAGGUCACUGAAUUUGAAACUGACAUAGGGGAUACUCGAUUGUUGGCUUUUAGAGCUGUUGUGUGGCAGCAUUUCAGUUUUCCAGUUUCAAGAAAUGACACAGGCAAAGGAAACUGACAAACAAUCUGCAAACACUGCCAGAUGAAGGCAAUACUAGCCCUGUUUAGGACUGACAGUCCUGGAUACAUCUCGCAGAACAGUCGGGACAUGACAUUUUAACAGAGAUGGGCAACCAUAUGCAAAAACAACCACUUAGUAACCACCCUUAAAGUCUUUCCUCUUGAAAAAGUAAACCACAAUGUUUGAAAAACAACUCCAGUAAAGCUUACAUCUCACCUUUAUGUGGCUUAUCCUACUUUGGAAUCUUCUUCCUCUCAGUCUGGUGCGCCAAGCAGCAAUUUGCUCACUACUGCCCCCGGUGGUCAGGUGGAUACAUGCUUCAACUGGUCCAGUGACUCAGAACCUGACCACUGGUUGGUGGAGCCAGCAAACAGGAAAAGUUAAACCUGCCUAGGGGGUGCUAAAGCACUGAUGUUCUACUGUGAGUGUGAUUUGUUUUGUUUACAAGAUCCAACUGUUGCAAUAAUAUAUUAUUUUAUUUUAUUACAUAAAAGGACUGCUGCUGACUGCUCCAUUCUUUUUUGUUUUGCAGUUGUACAAACAGUUCAGUCAUUCAGUGCCAGUGACAAUUCAUGCAAAUUCUUUGCACAUGCUUAGGUCAUGGCUGGCUAUUUUUAUUUUAAUAAAGGAGGAAAGCAGGAGCAGUUCAAAGGAAAAUCAUACAAAAAAUGCUGAUUCAUUAUUUCAUAAAAGGCAUAUAUUCAUCUUUUUUCUUCAUUUUAAAAAUAUUAUGACAAAUAUUACAUUGUAGAAUUUUUGUCAUGGCAAUAUCAUCCUGUGAGUUUUUGGUAUCAUUACAUCACUAACAGUAAUUAUACAGCGCUGUCAGAAAUAGUGACCUACAAGCUACACUGCCAAGAAGGUUCCGGGUUCGAGCCCCAGGCGACCUGGGGCCUUUCUGUGUGGAGUUUGCAUGUUCUCCUGGUGCCUGUGUGGGUUUUCUCUGGGUACUCCGGCUUCUUCCCAUGGUCCAAUAACUAGGAAGUUACACUACCUAAAAAAAAAAGGCACUCUAAUAAGAAUGGAUGGAAAAAGGCAAUGGGGACCAUAUUAUCAUGGCAACCAAGGUGUUGCCUCCACAAUAACUCCAUUCUGGGUCGUACCACCCCCUGAGCAAAGGCCUAAUGACUACGGUAUCCCAGUGGCUGUGGAAGUCACCUAUGUACAAGACAACUUUCUCACCAGUGAUGUUCUUAAUGAGAUGAUGCUCCUGGUUGACUACUACAGGGCAGCUCCUGACCUUGUCCAGUUCAAUCAGUAUUGGUGUCCCGAUAUGACCAUGAUGGACAAAAUUAAGGGUUCUCUGAGCUGCCAUGCUCCCAAAGACCAGGCCUACUCUCAAAUCUUAGAGCACGUCUACAGUCAAUUGAGCAAGAUGCACUGAGUGGAUCUGCUCUGCAUGUGCACAUGUGGUCGGCUUCCAUCUUAAGUCCAAACAUUUCAAAGAUCUCCUGUGCAGAGCUGACAGGACUGGUGUGAUAGACGUACAGUGUAACACCUGCUUCAAAAACACGUACUGUAGAUGCCUUGUGUUCUCUCAUGCUUGAGUGAUAGUUUUGAUACAGCAUUACUGUGAGUUAAAACACUGCAGUGACUCUGAAAGCACCACAUCUCUAUUUACCACUGAUGGAAACAGAGAAAGGCAACAAGUGAGACAAAAUCAGGCAGAGAUUAGACUAACAGUUAAAGAAACUGUUUUACUAAAGUACACUAAACAGAACUGUUUCAAGGACCAGAAAUCAGCCUGUAUUUAUGUCUAACUGGCCUCUUACCUUUUACACAUAUGUGCCUAUCUGUGCCAGUAUCCUGUGGUGUGAGCCAGAUAUAAUGGAAAGAUACAAUGUAAAUGUCUGUGUUGUAACUGCCCUUGAAAACUAAAGGAAUGCAGGAAACUGAAAACAAGUAGUGCAAAUUAUACUACAGUACAUUAGCAAUGUAUGCAAAUGUGUCUUGGUUUGACCUAAACUACUCUGCGGUAGGUCUUGUGGAAGUUUAUGUUCCUUAAAUCAAAUUAGAAGGUUGCAAGUAAAUCCAUUGUGCCAAGCAUGUUUAAUAACUGUGUGUGGGUGGGUGAAUGCACGUGUACUGUGUUGUGAAUGUGCCCCUCUACUGUCUCCCUGUCAGGUUACAUGAGACAAGAGUCCUGUUGACAGGUAUCUGCUUCCUCUUUACCUGUACUGUAUUUAUUACAACCUGUGGAUUGUGUGAUGUACAUGUAUGAGGAUUUAUGCCUUAAUCCUGCUGAUUGAUGAUCCACAAAACAUAAAAAUAUUCACACUGGAACAAUUUAAA